AUUUUCUUGGCGAGAUAUUCGCAUUUCCAAAAUCGUGCUUCACUCGAACGGAUCGUUCCGGAGUUUCGUGUGCGCGGUGCUUGCCUCUUUUGCUGCUCUUCCUCCAACCAAAGUAACCGUUGGCCAACAUCAUCAAAGUAGGCAGGACAGGACAGAAGAGAGCCAUCAGCAGACAGUCAGUCAUCGUGUGAGGUUCGUUCGCCGUGGUCGAUGUUUUGUCGGUGUUUGUGUGUUAUUUGGCUCAACCUCACUCUGAACUGAACUGAACGGCCAGCCAUCAGAAGAAGACCUGCCUUUUGCAGCCAUAUUUUUCUCGUCUCGCAUUAUAAAUUCCAAAGUGUAGACGCGUAGUAGACGGAAUCGAGUCGAGUUUCGGGGAAAUUCAAUCGCGAGUUCCUGAUCAAAGUGCAUUCAUUGUUUUAAGCAUAAAAAUUUGAAGUAAAUUUUGUGUUGAUUGACCAAUUUAGGUGGCGCUCCUGUAAAAUUGCAGUGCACUACAAGUUUUGUGUCCACAGUUUAAGAAACCCGUAAAGACUGUCAAACUCUCAAUCAAUCACUGCAAACAAGACAAAAUGGCCUGUGCAACGCUGAAACGGUCGCUGGACUGGGAAAGUCUUAAUCAACGGCCGACAAAACGCCGGAGGUGCCAUCCCUUUGGCAGUCCCAGCAGCAGUAACGCCCAAAACAGUCCAUCGUCAUCCGCUUCCGCUAUGGCCUCCUCAUCCUCAAACAGUGCAAUGCGUGUGAUGGAACCGAAACCUUCCCCAUUUGCUGAAGCCGUCUGCCCAAAAUUGACCCCAGAAAAAAUGGCACAGAACAUCACAGAGGAGAUCAAAAGACUACACCGCCGAAAGCAGCUCACGUUCAACACGGGCAACAUGGAACGAAUGCAGGAUUCAGAAUCCAGUGGGUCCGAGAUGGGCCCGGACAGCCCCCGCAGGCCGGAUAGUCCCCCAAGCAUGGUCAAACAUCCAGAAAAAGCACUGUUCACAUUCAAACAGGUACAAAUGAUCUGCGAGCGUAUGCUGAAAGAAAGGGAAGAUGCCUUACGGGAGCAGUAUGAUGCCGUUCUGACUAACAAACUAGCCGAACAGUACGAUGCAUUUGUCAAAUUCACAUACGACCAAAUACAGAGACGCUAUGAAGCGGCACCUAGUUACCUCUCUUAAUCUGUUAGUUAACUUAUGAAGCAAAGGAUAACAAAAAACCGUGAGAUGCGUUCAUCCACCCAACACAACAACAGCAACAACAACAACAAACAGACACAAACGUAUCCAUAAAUGUAUUUAAAUUGCCUGAUCUAACGCGUCAUACCUUAAACUGAGCUCUUCAUUUGUUCGCACUAAACUUCUUAUUACUUGUCUUUUGCUGCUGAUACGAUUUUAAGAGAAAGGGAAAGAGGUUAAGAAAGAAGAAACUUAUAAAACCCCAACAACAGGAAAUUGCUUUCCGAUGCCACACUUAGACUGUUAACUCUUAUUACUAAUAGCUGCGCAAUUUGCCAGGAGCGAUAGUUUACUGAAAUAUGGCAGAUGUGUACUAUUGAAUUGGAUUAUUUCUUUUUGUAAACUCAUUUUUGUGGAUUGAUUGUCUGAAAUAAAAGAAAGCUAUUUUCAUCUAAUUAACGCACUGGUAUAAUUAUUACCACGUACUUGACCCGGAUUUCGAGUCCCAGUAAUAGUGCCGUUACUGUCUUCUACAAGGUAUGUGUAUUCGACCUGCAGAAAAAUCUCUUCCUCGAAAGGGCACUUCCUAGUUCUAGAUCUAGAAAAUGCUGUCGUAGGAUCGGACCACGGUAGUCCACGUAUCAGCUGGUCGUUCGUUCUUUCAGUUUAUCAUACCUAGUUGUAGUUGCUCUCGUAGUGUUGUAGUAGAUGCUUGAGCCCCUUCUUUUUAGUAAAUUCUUCUCGUUUAUCUUAAGUGUUCUGUUUUACUGUUAGUGUCUUCUGCAACUAUUGCUAAUGAUAAUUGUUUCCGAAUUUCUUUUCUUUUUCGAGAUUUUGUUUUAUCUUAUUUUAUUUUUAGUCAAUUUUGUUGUUUAACCAAGAUAUAUUAGGCCUUUUUUCCUCGUACUGAAGUUCUAUUUGGGAGCUGAUCGAAUCCAAUUUCGAGAUGCGUUCUAGUGUGCGCCUCAAGGAAAGACAUGCGACAACCUAAGCAGGAGAUUAAGAAACUAGUAUAAAGAAAAGAAUAAAUAAUACAAUUAUCUCAUUGAGUAGGGAAUAACAAUAACAUGUACUAAUAAGCAGAUGAGAAGUGAAAACAAAUGCAUACAUAUAGGCGAUCAAAUAGACGACAGAACUAAGAAUAACACAUAGAGAACACACAACAUAUACAUUUAUACAUAUGAAACUAUAUUUAUAUACAUAUAGUCAGAAAUAUGGAAAAUAUGGGAUGAAGCAAAUGAUUGCAAGCAACUAAAAACCAUAAGAAAAACUAAUUGACGAAAUGAGUUUAGCAGGAGCAGAGUUCAUGUAAAGUUAAGUUUCUACACAUAAGAUAGGAUAUAGAACAAGACGAUGCAAGAUGGGAAAAUAAGUUUAACUAACCGUAAGGAUUCGUAAGUAUAUAUUAGUAUACAAACAAGAUUGAGCAGAAAAUUGAAUGAGAAAAACACAAAAAAUUAAGCUUAUACUAUAAACGGUAAGAUGAGGUUACUUCAUAAGCGUUUAUAUACAUAUGUUUUAUAUAAAACGAAUAAAAACAAACUGAUACAAAGGUAAACUUGCAGGCGCUAAUUAAUCGAACUACGAGCGCAACAAAGCAGAAUAAAAUAAAAUCAAACAUACAGUCCUGAUGUCAUUGCUAAAGUAAAAAAAAAACACGUGAGCACCACACGUCGUCUUUGUAGAGCAUCAUUCAAUAGUGCAUUAAAAUGCAAUAGCAACCAAGCAACAAAGCAGCAGCAUAUAAAUUAAAAACCUACCUACCUUAUAGCCAAAACCAGCAAACGCAGCAGCAGUAACAGCAGUAUGAAACUAAUCUUUCCCACAUACCCUUAAAGAACAAACCUGUACCGAACGAUUCGAUGUGUUAGAGAAAAAGCAAAAAAGGAAAUCAAUCCAAGAGCAAACUCCAUUACUCACCAAAGCAAACAAGCAGUAAGAAAGAAUACCUAGAUCGUAAUGGGCAAACGGAGAAGAGUAACGCACGUGUGCUCUGAUUGGCGAUCUUGGACAGGUGCAGCAACGCGUGAGAAUAUAAGGAGACAAGGGUGCAUUUUCGUAGCCGAGGAGGGAUAGAGAUGCAGACGAAAAAGGAAACUAGUAGCAGUAGAUGAGGCGGCACGACGUGACACGAUUUCGCAAACACGUCAUUGAUGUUGACGUCCUCGCCUAUAUGUCUAUCCUCGGAGAUGCUUGGCGAGUUUGGUGAGAUGAGAAGCAGAAUGUUGUCCGAAACAGGCAAGAAACAAAACAUGCGUAUAAAUAAAAGUGCAGUUUGCUAAGUCCGUAAAUUAAAGAUUGAAAA